AAGUUGAAUGGUGCAGAUGCGCGUGUCGACGAGGGCGAGUAUUGAUCCGGGAUUGUCCGGAGGCGAGGGUGAGAACCGAAAUCGGGCGCCGCGUCCCAAUCCGACGACAGUCGCUCCCGCUCCGUUGAACGCGCCGUCGAAAGGGUUUCGCGACCGUCCGCGGCAUGAUAACUUGUGCGUGUCCGGCCGAUUAGUGGUGCACCAUGUCCAUAUCGGCCCAGGGGGUGGUGGAGAGGGCGUCCGCCGAACUCUCCAAGAGGAUUAACGGUUUGGGUCUACGCGGCAGCAAACACCACUCCGCCAAGGGCAGCGUGAUGGAGCGGGUGACGAACGUCUUCUGCGGCGGCAGCAACGCCGCAGCCGUCACCGCUCCCGAGAAACCCUCCAGACUGCUGCCGACCAGGAUCAAGUCCACCACCAACUCCAUCACGAUAACCGUCAAGAAACAUCGUCCGCAGCCGGUCUACCUGAACUGGGACCAGCUGAUGAUGGACGAGCAGUUCCUGCUCAGAUUCUUCCUCUUUUUCAGUUCGUGCGAUCGAUGUGUGCUGGCCCAGGUGUGCACGAGAUGGAGGGACCUUUUGUACAGGUCACCCAGAUUCUGGACGGGUCUCGUGCCCGUUUUGCAAUGUCGCGAGAUGAGGAACAGUCAGGGUAACGAACGGGCGAGGUUGUAUUCAUCGUUGUUGCGACGCGGCUUCCACAAUUUGUGUCUGAUGGGCGCCUCCGACGAGGACGCGCUCGAUCUGGUGAACACGUUCCCGUCCGCCUCCAAACACGUACACACUUUAAGUUUGAGAUGCUCGAGCAUCACCGAUCGCGGCUUGGAAUCGCUUUUGGACCACUUACAGGCACUGUACGAACUGGAACUGGCCGGUUGCAACGAAAUAACCGAAGCCGGACUGUGGGCCUGCUUGAAUCCCCGCAUAGUCGCCCUGACGCUGACCGACUGCAUAAACGUGGCGGACGAAGCGGUCGGGGCGGUCGCCCAGCUUCUGCCCGCUCUCUACGAGUUUUCGCUGCAGGCCUACCACGUGACGGACGCCGCCCUCGGCUAUUUUUCGCCGAAGCAGAGCAAUUCGCUGAACGUGCUCAGGCUGCACUCCUGCUGGGAGAUCACCAAUCAUGGCGUUGUAAAUAUUGUUCAUUCAUUACCAAACCUUACCGUACUGAGCUUAUCCGGCUGUAGCAAAAUAACGGACGACGGAGUAGAAUUGAUAGCGGAGAAUUUACAAAAAUUAAGAUCGCUAGACUUAUCGUGGUGCCCUCGUAUCACCGACGCUGCCUUGGAGUAUAUAGCAUGUGAUCUCAAUCAAUUAGAGGAACUCACCUUAGACCGGUGUGUCCACAUAACAGACAUAGGUAUCGGUUACAUCUCGACCAUGUUAUCGUUAUCGGCGUUAUAUCUACGUUGGUGUUCACAAAUAAGAGACUUUGGACUGCAGCACUUGUGCGGGAUGCGCAACUUACAAAUACUAUCGUUGGCAGGAUGUCCUUUGCUGACGUCGAGCGGAUUGUCUAGUCUGAUACAGCUGCGUCACAUGCGCGAACUAGAACUAACCAAUUGUCCAGGGGCGUCGAGAGAACUGUUCGACUAUCUUCGCGAACAUCUACCACGAUGCCUCGUUAUAGAAUAAGACCCGCAAAUGUCCACUUGUUACAUUUGAUACUAGAUUGUGCAAUAACACUUGUCACCGCAAAUUACAAUUGCGCAGACUUGAAUAAAAUUUAAUUACUUUAUACUGUGUAUAUUCAAAACGAAACGGAACGUGUUCCUUUUUUUUUAAUCGGUAUGUUUUGGCUAAUAAAUUACGGUAGUGUCAUUCAAUAUGUUGAUCUUGUCCUUUUUGUCUAUACACUGUAUAUUCCCUAAUACCUAUGGUUAAUAUUGUAUUUUGAAUAGAUUAAAUACAAUCAAUUUUUGUGAUGUACAUAAUACAAAAGAUAAUUAUGGCUCGCCAAUAAAAUAGAUAUUUUCUA